AUGAACAUUCAACGCACUCCUCCUAAAACUUCUAAAACUAAGUCCUCAUUACGGCAGGGACAGUCACUAUCUGAAUCGGACAUCUCAUGUACCCCAGUGCAGAAGAGAACAGAGGAAAAAUUGAGUUCAAAUGUGACACUAAGAGGCAAGCGCCAACGGCUUGAAGACUCACCCAAUACAGAAACAACCGAAAUUUCUCGACAGCUUUGUGAUUUCAAAAAAGAAGUAAUGGAAAUGCUCACUUCAUGGAAGAAUGAACAAGAUCUGCUGUUCGCGGGACUAGUUAGGGACGUGGGUGACCUAAAAACCCAAUGCGCUCAAAUUCAACAAUCAUACUCUGAAAUAGAUCAAAGCCUUACAUUCAUGAACGAAUCAUAUGAGGAAAUAAAAAACAAACUAACCGAAACAGAAAUGCGAAGAAAAGAGAGUGAAGACCGUGUCGCUCAACUUGAAAUGCUUAUCCAAGAUUUUCAACUUCAAUCCCGCCAAGCUACCAUCGAACUGAGAAAUGUUCCCAUAAAACCUAAAGAGACUACUGAAGAUUUAUUUUCCACUCUAUCAGAAGUUGGCAACGUUAUAAAUGUUGAAGUACAAUCUAAAGACGUACGUGAUGUUUAUCGACUACCAGGCAAUUCAGGAAUACCCAGACCAAUUGUAGCAGAAUUUACUUCUGUUAAGAAAAAAACGGAAUUUUUAACCAACGUUCGGCGCUUCAAUAAACAGCUUCCUUUGGCAGACAAAUUGAACACAAAAACGAUUGGCAUGGCUGGAGACAAGAAACCAAUUUAUGUUGAUGAACAUCUCUUGCCAUCCAAGAAAAAACUUUUCUUUGAUGCUCGCGCUUUUGCGAAAUCUAAUAAUUUCCACUGUUGGAGUUCGAAUGGAAGGAUUUUCUUACGUAAAGAUACUAAAGAUCCAAAUGAUAAACCAACUCAAAUAAAAACCGAUAAAUGUUUACUUGCAUUGGUUAAAAAACAA